CGGGCGGCGCCGCCAUGAACGCCGCGGUGGUGAAGCGGACGCAGGAGGCCCUGGGGAAGGUGAUCCGGAGGCCGCCGCUGACGGAGAAGCUGCUGAGCAAGCCCCCGUUCCGCUACCUGCACGACAUCAUCACGGAGGUGAUUAGGAUGACCGGUUUCAUGAAGGGCCUCUACACAGACGCGGAGAUGAAGUCUGACAACGUUAAGGAUAAAGAUGCAAAAAUUAGCUUCCUUCAGAAGGCCAUAGACGUGGUGGUGAUGGUUUCAGGAGAGCCACUGUCAGCAAAACCAGUGCGCAUCGUGGCCGGGCACGAGCCUGAAAGAACAAACGAGCUGCUCCAGAGAAUUGGAAAAUGCUGUCUCAGCAAGCUCCCCAGCGAUGAGGCGGUGAAGAGGGUGUUAGCUGGAGAGAGGGGUGAUCUGAAAGGAAAGACCUCCCUGACGUCAAAAUCUCAGGAAUUAGACAACAAGAAUGCGCGAGAAGAAGAGCCCAGAGUUCAUAAAGAUAAAGAGAAUAAAAGGAACUCUGAAAUAAAUGAGAGAAGUACAAGUAGAGAUCAAAAACAGAAAGAAGUGAAGGAAGAAAGCAAAGCAAGAGAGAAGGACAAGGAGAAGGAGAAGACAAAGGAGAGUGACCAUGAUAGACAUAAAGAUCCUGAGCGAGACAAGCACCGCGAAGGGGAGCGAGAGCGAGCCAGGAGCCGGGCCAAGCAGGACAGAGACCGAGGCAACAGAGACCGGGACAGGGAUCCAGACCGUGACAGGGAGAGGAGGAACGAGGGAGGGAAGGAGAAAGAGAAGUGGAAAGACCGAGAGAGGGAGCGUGAGCGAGACAAGGACCGGGACAGGGACAGGGACAGACGGAAGGUGAAGGACGGGGAGCACUCCCGGGAGCCCGACCGGGAAAAGAGCAGAGAGCCCGACAAGCCAGAGAAGAAGUCCUCAAGUUCGGGGGAGAUGGCUAAAAAGUUGUCAGAUGGAUCCGUGAAAGACUCCAAAGUUGAAGCAGAGACCGAGAUUUCCGCCAGAGCAUCCAGGUCAGUGACAACAAAAGCAUCAAAACGGCGAUCCAAAAAUUCAAUGGAAGGCAGGCCCGAGAUAAUAAUUUCAGCUAAAAUUUUAGAUCCCAUAGUGUCUGGAUUAAAUAAUGAAGCAAAUCAGGAAACUAUGUCUUCAGAAAUCGGAACCAAGGAAGCUAGUACUUACGCAGCUGGUGUUUCAGAUGACACUUCAGCUAGUCUGUGGCGCCAGAGCGUUGAGCCAGAGCCAGCAGCGAAGCAGAAAGGAGACUCCCCUAGUGAUGCAGAAGGAGAAGUUGGACCUCCUGGCCCGGAGAAGUCUGAGGUGUCAGAGAGUUCUGAGCUGCCGAGCGAGCUCCCAGCCAACAUCAGAAGAAUACCUCGGCCCGGGAGUGCGAGACCAGCACCUCCCCGGGUGAAGCGCCAAGACAGCGUGGAAGCUCUGACGCCUGACAGGACAGGGAGUGGUAAAAUCGUCGCCAGUGUGAUUGUGGACACGCAGAACUCUGACAAUGAGGAAGAUGAUCAGUUUGUGGUGGAGGCUGCCCCCCAGCUCCCUGAGAUGUCAGAACUUGAAAUGGUGCCCGCGGUGGACGUAGAGGACGAGGAGAAGCACGGAGGACUUGUGAAAAAAAUUCUGGAGACCAAGAAAGAUUAUGAGAAGUUACAGCGGUCACCCAGACCUGGAGAGAAGGAGAAAUUGCUUGUCUUUGAGUCAGCAUGGAAGAAGGAGAAGGACAUAGUUUCCAAGGAGAUAGAGAAGCUGCGUGUGUCCAUCCAGACCCUGUGCAAGAGUGCGCUCCCCCUGGGGAAGAUCAUGGACUACAUCCAGGAGGACGUGGACGCCAUGCAGAACGAGCUGCAGCUGUGGCACAAUGAGAAUAAGCAGCACGCCGAGGCCCUGCAGAAGGAGCAGAGCAUCACGGACUGCGCGGUGGAGCCCUUGAAGGCCGAGCUGGCCGAGCUGGAGCAGCUGAUUAAGGACCAGCAGGACAAGAUCUGCGCCGUGAAGGCCAACGUCCUGAAGAACGAGGAGAAGAUUCAGAGGAUGGUGUACAGCAUCAAUCUGAGUUCGAGAAGGUGAAAGCUCAGACGUU